CUGCCUUAUAAGUGAGCUCCUAUCCUAUUUUUACAAAUGUGAGAACAUAUGUAGAACAUUAAAUAAAGGUAUUUACCAUCAUGGUAUUACACAUACAUAGAAUCUCAUAAUUGCUUUAAACAAGGGGAAAACAAGGAAGAAAGGAAGAAAAGUCAAAUUCCGAUCUUCUAUAAUAAGACUGUAAAGAAAAAAAAUUGAUGUUUUACCUUUCAAAAAGUUAUUUUCGCAUUAUUAUCAUCGCCACGAUUGCCAGUUAUUCCAUAGUGGGGGUCUUAUUUUUUUAUGCAUUCGGUCAAAGAUUUUAUGAAACUCACCCUACCCAAACAACUGGUACACGACGCCUAUUACACCCUUCACAUGUUGAUUUGAAAAUCGACAUUUCCAAUUGGUUAAAUAAAAAAACGUCGGAAAUCCACCGACGUAGACCUUUUAAAAGUGAUACCAACAAAAUCAACAGAUCAGAAUAUUCUGAUGUUAAUUUUAAUGAACCUCACAUCAGUAGUUUUCAGUAUAUAGAUUCAGAUACUUAUUUUUUUUCAGCUUUCUGGGAUGAUAGAUAUUCCAAGAAAACUUCAGGGAAGAAUCAUUAUAUCAGACUUUUUAUAUUAAAACGGUGGUCACGGCAAAAUAGUUUUAACAAUCGCCCGCGCGAUUUUGCGCGCCGUUUUUAUGGGAGCGACGAUAAGGAUUUUAACAUCGAUUCAUACACGUGCACAUUUAACCAAAAUCAAUACCGUAAUAAAACCAAUACUUUCAACUCCUCUGGAGUGCUUUACGAAACUUGUGAAAAUCACGACAUGCAAUGGGGAACCUUUUAUGUGUCAUGUCAGACGCCGGCCAGUUAUACCAUGCAUCUCUUGAAUACCUUUGCGACUAAACCAUUUUCCUCAAUAAUCAUUACAUUUUCGCAUAACAAUCACUCACGUAUGGUUCCUGUUAAACUUCCAGAGGAAUGGCUUAAUUUUAAUAAGUCCCUUCGAUCAAGAGUAACAAAUGCAGGGAUAUGUGUGCCUCCUUUAUAUGGAAACUUUUCAUCUGAUGCCAUCAUUACUUUCGUGGAACUAUCCAAGAUCAUUGGUGCCCACAAACUCUUCUUCUACUUAACUACAGAUGAUGAUGCAGCUUAUCCCUACUUAAAAAUCUUGAGACAUUAUGAACUUUUAGGACAAGUUACCAUAACCCCAUGGUUCUUACCAUUAGAUCAUGCAUCCAAACAAGUGUGGAAUUAUGGUCAAAGUUUAAGCAUUGCUGAUUGCCUAUACCGGAACAUGUACAAAUAUGACCUGCUUGCUUUCAAUGAUGUGGACGAGUUUAUUGUGCCCCGAAAACACAAGAAUUGGCAGACCAUGAUAAAUGAUGCCUCCAGUAAUUGGCCUGCUAAUGUUUCUGGCUUGAGAGUUAAAGGAGCAUUUUUUGAAGCUAAUACCAAAAGACAACCUAUUUCUUUCAACGGACAUUCUGUAUUUGAUAUAACCAAACGAACUACCAUGCUUAGCAGUGUUAGAACUAAAUGUUUAGUCAAACCCAAAUUAAUAUUUGAACAAGGUAUACAUCACAUCAGUAAACAGACCUAUGAGGAAAUUCCUCCUGAUAAUGCAGAUCCUGAUUUGUUGAUAUUGCAUCAUUAUCGACCAUGCAACAGGGGUUAUGAUAUGAAUUGUGAGGAUUAUAUUUUUGAUAAUAAUCUGAAGCGUUAUGAAAAAGAAUUUUAUAAAAGAAAAAUUAUAAUAUAAUACUAAGUCUCAAACGAAUCUCACAUAUAAACUCUCAAGAGCAUUUAUUUAUUCAUUCCUAGUCAUAAUUACUAGAAACAACAUUUAAGCAUUGUGAUUGUAUAAAACCAAAGGUAUCUUCUUUU